UCUUUCUCGCUUGACUAUCAGUCUCGCUCCUUGGAUUCUCGGCCAAAGACAGUUCAGCGUAGAAUUGAAAGUGAUGUCCCAAUGGUCUUGAGGUACAAUCUCAUUUCCAUGGAACUCGGUCAAAAUGAACGUCUCGUUAAUCGUCAGAAGAGGCUCCUCCUGGAGUUUCCAUCCAAGUCACGAAUUUUGGGCUUGUUUGAAAUUCAUUGCAACGAGCGGACAUGGACUGCGGUCGCUAAUCCAGGAUCAAUUUAGCUCUCCGUCAAAAGGGUUGAAGGCUUCCACAGACUUCCUUUCCAGCUUCCAUACGAACAAUGGGUCCACUGUGAUUAAAUGCAAGCAUGACACCCGGCUUCGACCGACCGACCGACAACAGAGGCGUGGCAAGUUUUCUCCCGAUGAGCAUUCAAUGCGAAAACUUUCCAGUAACUUGGUCAGGAUUUGCGGUGGAGCAAGAGACAGGGGAGAAAUGGCCUCUCCAGUAAAUGAAACCUCUCUCAAAUGGCAAUAAUCAUUUUGACUCUGACCAAGGGCAAGGGAGGAGGAGGAAGAGGAGAAGGGGUGUUGACUAUUUAGACAAAGUUCCUCCUCCUCAAAGAGGGAUAGAGGGAUUUCCUGAGCGUACACUUCACUCGAGAUUACAUUACGUACAUUCCGAAGAUUCCAUUUUGUGUAAACGCAAACAAUACGGUUGGUACAGUAUUUGAGAUAGUGUUGACAAAAGAGAAACUUGGUAAGAAAAAGGUCUCCCUAAUCCAUCGACUUCAAUGGUUUGGCAAUCAUGACAAAGAAUGGCGUUGGGAACGCAAAGCUGGUCUUAUUUCUUUACGUCGUCCACCAAAAGGAUCCCUCAAGGCAGUAGACUUCAUUAACGUCAUUUGGAGCGGUAAGUGGCAGCAUAUUGGGAUAAAUUGUCUCCAGGCUCUGCUGUUACUCGGUCCAUCUCAUUCCACAAUGGAUGUUCACUCUUAAUGUACAUAGAAGACGGAAGAAGUCAGUCCUUGGCGGUCUCGGUCAACAAUCGGCAUUGACAAUCUCGACCAUCAAACCGUUACUUCUCCGUGGUCUUUUUUAGCCAGUAGGAUCUAUUGAUUUGAGCAACUUUCUUCAUUUAGAAGCGGUCGUCUUUCCGGGAAGUACGUAGGUAAAAGCUCAACGAUGGCAAUGAAAACAACCAGCCAAAAUUCCAGAUUCACUGAACGCUUUCAGAAAACUCUCUUCAACAGGAUUUGCUAUACUUCAGGGUGUGCUGCAAUAUUUGAUAUUUU